GUAACACAUGCGAGCAGUUUCUGUGCUGAAAGCUUGUGUCAGGAUGGCAGGAUCACUUAGCAUCUGGAUUUUUACUGUUUUUGUUGUGGGGCUGAUAGAUUCGUUAGAGGCCUCCAUGCGCCCUCGCGUCUCUUUCCCUCAAGGUACUCUUGAGCGUGGUUUGGGCGUCUAUCACAGCUCUACCGCAAAGAACCUAACCACCCUGCUGCUCAGCACUGAUGCUAACACACUGUUUGUCGGCGCUAAAGAUUCUGUGCUCUCACUGGAUGUCAGCCAGCCUGAUAAUAUUACACUGAAAGACAAGUUGCAAUGGAAACCAUCUAAAGACAAUCUGAAUAAAUGUAAAAUGGCCUCAAAGACGGACUGUGGAAACUUCAUCCGUAUUUUGCAAUUUUUUAACUCCACACAUCUCUAUGCAUGUGGGACAAAUGCAUAUGGACCAGAAAGCAUCAUAAUUCCAGCGGAUUCCCUAAAUGCCACGAGGAAAACAUCGGAAGCCAAAAACUGCUGUCCCCACAGCUCCACUCAGAGAAAUACUGCCACCAUUGUUGAUGAAGAGCUGUAUACAGCAACCAAUAUUGGCUACUUUGAUGACAAAGUCAUUUCUCGCUGUCUUAGCAAAGGCACGCGCAACAACCUGAUGCUCGACAGCGAACCAAAAUUGUUAAACGCUCCGGUUUUCAUAAGUUCCACUCACAUCUCCAGUGAAGGAAAGAUCCUGCUGUUCUUUACUGAGGUUGGGGAUUUGAUCGGAGACUCAUUCGUGAAAUCGUUCACCGUGUCUCGAGUGGCCCAAGUUUGCACAGAUGACAACGGAGGACACAGGGUCCUACAGAAGCGUUGGACAUCUUUUGUUAAAUCUCAGCUGGUGUGCCAACAAGGUGAUGAGCUCCAGUUCAACAUGCUGCAGGAUAUGGUCACGCUGUCAGAUGAUGACUCCCCUGACAACACUCUGUUCUACGGAGUCUUUACUCCCCAAUGGUCAUUUUCCUCUGGUCAGUCAGCAGUAUGUGCUUUUAGUCUAGGAGAUAUUAAAGUGGCCUUUUCAGGGCAGUACAAAAAGUUUAAUAAUCUAAAUCACUGGACACACUACUCAAACGGAGAUGGCAAACUCGGGAAGUGUGGAUUGUUUAAUGACACCGACAGUGUGUUAAACACUGUAAAAAAGACUUUCCUCACUGAACGUGCAGUGCAUCCUGAGGGUAACAAACUCCUCCUGUCCUCCACAAAAGAGCUUUAUAGCCGUUUAGCUGUUCAGAGAAUUCAAGCUGCAAAUGGACAGAAGUACACUGUACUGUACCUGCUGACAGAGUCUGGAUUUCUUCAUAAAGUCGUACUUCUGGAUAAAGGUCCUCAUACCAUUGAGGAGAUCCAGAUUUUUAAGCAACCCCAAAUUGUGAAAAACCUCAUUCUGUCCACCAGCAAGGGUGUGAUAUUCAUUGGCAGUUCUGAGGGUGUCAUCAGAGUGCCUGUGUCCAGCUGUUCAGUCUAUCCUAACUGUGCAGAGUGUGUGUUGGCCCGUGACCCGUUUUGUGGCUGGGAUUCAGAGAUUGGAAUGUGCACUACUGUAUCCAGCACGAGGCCCAAUCUACAACAGGAUGUAGAAGAUGGAAAUGUCACACAACUGUGCACAGAGUUAAAAAAUACUGCUGCAGGUCCUGCGACAGUGACACAUACUGCACAGUUGAAUGAGAUUGUGGUUUUACCAUGUCAGUCGAGAUCCAGACUGGCUGAAGUGACCUGGAGGUUUUCAGACAACAGCGUUGUGUCCCAGUAUCCAUACCUGCACCAGGCCGACAACAGUCUGACCUUUCGCGUCACUCCGGAUACUGUGAGCACCUACCGCUGCGUCUCUGAGGAACUGGGCUUCAGGCAAACCAUAGUGUCCUUCUCUGUUACGCUCCCUGUAACCCCCCGAUCGUUCCCUCACCCAUCACACGAGCAUCCCUACGUCACCCAGGACUCAAACAAGGUCACUGAUAUGGAGCCUAUCCCUAAGGAGGAAAUAUUAUUUGAUGAAACUAAACCCACUGAAGGAAAAAAGACAACUGCAUGGACAACUGGGACGGAUAGUGGUCAAGACAUAAUACAAGCCAGACAUAAUCCCAUGAACUCAGCUGAAAAAGUUGUUUGCAUCUCAAAGAAGAGUUACUACGCUGAAAUGGUUGCCUUUUGUCUUCUGUUUGUCAUGUGUGCAUGUUUGUUUAUUGCUUUUGUGGUUCUCUGGAAGCACAGUAUGCGAUGUAACAGAACCACUCCUGAAAAAAACCCUAAAGACACAGAGACAGACAAUAUCUGGCAAACAGAAUUGGAGGAUAAGCAAACUCUUAACAGCUGACCCUAAAAAAGAAAAGUAGCCUAUGUAUGCUGGGUGUCACAAAGAAAAUUUCUACAAAGCACUGUGAAAUGAGACCGUCGCGUCAGGUCAAUGUUUCAGUUUCUUUUUUGUCACUUUUUCUUUGCAUUCUUAAGAAAACUAUGUAUUUAUAUAGCUUUGUGAUAUGCGUUAUAGCAGGUUAACUGAGACCAGCAUCCUAGCAUGCAUCGUCGUCUUUUUGUUGCUCCAAGUCGUUGUUUGCCUCAUUUGUAAAUAUGAAUCUGUGCAUGACUCUUUCUUCUGUGAAACACAAAAGAAGAGAUUUUAAGAAAUGUGUGGUUUGUGUCCACACAGUAGCAGUCAAUGGAUGGAGACCAGUUCUUUUUGUUACCAAAGUUCUUUGAAAUAUAUUUUGUGUUCUGUAGAAGAAAGAAAGUCAUAUAGGUUUGGAAUGACAUGAGAGUGAUGAAAGAAAUUUCAUUUUUAUUUAAAAUGUUUGUUAUUUUAUCAUCCAGAUUUUAGAAACAUUGUCUGGGCUUUCAGCCCUAUAAAGGUCCUGUAAAAGUGAGUAAAAAUAAGUGUGUUUAAUUAGAAAUCAGUUUUAAAGAUCAGUUUUAGCUAACAGUCAUUAAAGAACCAACUGCAUGAUACAAAGUAUAAAUAAUAAAUUAAACCUGUUUGUAAAAUGUC